UGUAUGCAGAAUUUCUCGAUUGUGUCAACACGUUGAAGCAAUUGCCGGUUCGAACGAAGAAUUUUACUGAAAUAAACAAAGAAAUAAACGCGACAAUCGCCAAGUAUUUGUUGUUUAAUCAGUUUUAACAAAAGGACCAAAUAUACAGACUACAAUGUGCCUCGCAAACAUAUCUGGCGUGCCGGAUAAACAUUGGCAGCCACCCUUCGUUGUUUUCGAAACUACGAUGGGUGAAGUAACCUUCGAGCUAUAUUGGAAACAUGCUCCUAUUACGUGUAGAAACUUUGCCGAGCUCACGCGACGUGGGUAUUACAAUGGCACCAAGUUUCACAGGGUCAUCCGCGACUUUAUGAUUCAAGGAGGAGAUCCCACUGGGACAGGAAAAGGUGGAAUGUCCAUUUAUGGCGAAUGUUUUGAUGAUGAAAUACAUGACGAUUUGAAACACACAGGUGCUGGAAUAUUAUCAAUGGCAAAUUCUGGGCCAGAUACAAAUGGAUCACAGUUCUUUGUAACGCUUGCACCUACUCAAUGGCUUGAUGGAAAACAUACUAUAUUUGGUAGAGUUUAUUCUGGCAUGGCAAUAGUGAAAAGAAUUGGAUUAGUUGAAACGGAUAAGAAUGAUCGACCGGUAGAUGAUGUUAAAAUUGUGAAAGGUUCAGUGAAGAACCCGUGAGUUUUCUAAAGGAAAUCUUUUAUAUAAGA